CACAGAUGUUUCUGGAUUCUGAGUCAUGGGGAAGGCAAAAGAAUUGUCAAAGGAUCUGCGAGAAAAGUCGCCCUCCUGUUCGCGGCCCGACCUCAUGGAUCCCGGCGGAAGUGACCUGGAAUCCAGCCUGCCUCAGCCGGAGACCCCUUGUUUGAUCGUGGAGGAUUCUCAACCGGACAGCGUCGCUCUGGAAGACGACCCGGAGAGCAGCUACAGAGCGGUGCUGGCUCGACGCCUGUCCAGUCUGCAGCCCAGUGCCUGUAGCCCGGUCCUGGAACUGAUAUCAUCGCCACUUGGCAGUAGAGGCUCUCAGACUGAUAGCCAAUCAGACAGCUGCCAAACUAAAGACCAGGCUGGACCUGGUAAUAUUGCUGUGCCCAACCAUCAUUUAGAAUACCAAGAUGAGAGUCAGGUUCUCAACGUCUGUCCUCCUCCAAACAAGCAAAAGUUUAACUUACCCAUGGAUUCUGACUCUAGUCGUUCCACCGAACAUUGCGAUCAGUCUGAAGAGGGAACCUCACAGUUUGGUUUCCUUGCACUGUCUCAGAGUCAGAAUGUUACUGCUGAAGAAAUGACCAGCCAGGAGGGCGAUUCCAAUUUCAAGCCUUCAGCAGUCAAUAAAAUGUAUUCUAGAUUAGGUCAUAACAGUUGGACUCCCUCCGACGAGGUUGUCAGUGUUAGCACCGGGACAUCAGAGAACCCGGAUCACGAAGCCGUCAGUAACAGAUCUGAGGUUGGCUCCAGCAGCCUGUCAGUUCCAAAAAUAAAUGUACAGGCUCUACUGCACUCACAGUGCCUCCAAGACACCGGUGAGCUGGACCAGCAGGACUGCGAGAUAAUAUCAUCACAGCGGGACAUGUUUGACGCUGGGAAGACAGAUGUUUCAGUAGACAGCACAGUGUCUGAGCCAGAGCAGCAGGGUCAGCCCACCUCAACACCAGCCCACAGCUUGCGGCUGUUGCAUGUAUCUCAACAGGCCACACUGGCGCAGGAGAGCCUGUCCCAAAGCUCUGUUGAUUAUGUCGCCCCAACCCCAAACAACUUCCCCCACAUCCCGUUAAUUGUCCCCAAUUCACCAACAGGAACGGGGAACCAACAUGGUGCCGAUGGGCCAAUGGAUGCUUCGCAGCCUCCAGAACAGCGAGCUGACCUAAAAAAAGGAGCACUAAUAGAAACGGAUGCUUCUUCUCAACCACAGCCACCCACUUCGACUCCUGUAUCCCAGAAUUCUCCUGCUUUUGUCUUAGAGCAAGCUCUCUCUUUACCCUCUCAGCCAGAGUUCUCACACGAUGUGUUUGUCCCAACGCUGAGUCAGGAGGCUCCACAACAGUCCGAUAAAAAUACGUCAUCCUUGCCUCCUAAGCAGGAAUCUCCUCACCUGGAACCCUCUUCGUUUACAUUACCUUUACAGCUCUGUGUUGACACGGAGAACAGCUACUCUGCCCUGAAGAUGUCUGAGGAGAUCAACGAGGAUAGCCAGGCUACACAAAUCGAAGAACUAGAAGAGCUACCUGGUGUUGAUACUGCUGACUCUGUGUUUCAGAGGAAAGAGUGUAAUGGUGUCACUUCUGAAGCACAAAUCGCUACAAGCUUCAAAGCUUGCAGUCAACCAACAACUCUUUUGAAUGUACAUAAUGUUAAUGCGGAAGGAUGUGCCGAGUCGAGUACUCCCAUCGUUGUGUCUUGCUCGCAGCCGGUGAUCUCCCAAGGAUCUGUCGAAGGAACUGUACCUCAGUCACAAUCACUGUCACAGAAAUGUCAGGCUAACAAAGUUGAAAUGAAUAGGCCUGCACAGAUGGAAGAAGUUGCUGUCACAAAGGAUGAAGAGGUGAGGAUAGAGGUAGAAAGCUCAUUGGGAAGCGGGGCUUCAGCUAUGGCUUUAAUCCUCUCCCAAAGCCAACUGAGGUCCCCUGAUGAUGAAGAGUGUGAAGAUGGAGAUGAGAGCAUGGUUGUGGUUGGAGAGAGUCAAAGAGAUUCACAGGCUCCUCCCAAAACCACGCCACAACUUCUAAAAGGCCUAAGUUCCCAGUCAGGCAAAGUGUCGACGUCCACUAAUGGCCAUCACUCUGUGGCGCAGGAACCAGAAGAACUCCAAAGCAAGAGCCUUUGUGACAGCUCAGGAGACAUAUCCUUCCAUUUCACACUUCCUAAAGAAGGGGAGUUGAUUGGGCCUGCUGUUGGAUCUACGCCGCCGCUAAUCAACCAGCUGAAAAGGACCCUCAGACACAGCACACCUAUUGAGACCUUUUGCGGGAAUUCAGAUAUUGCUGGUGAUGUUGGCGCUGAUGUGGUGAUGGCAGACAUUGUUCCAGCAGAGGACACUGCAGAGGCGGGGAAUGGGGACACUAAACUGAGUCUAAGGAUGAAGUUGGUGACCCCUGUUGAGGAGGGAAGCUCGGAACGGUUCAGCUUGCAGAAACCCUCACAAUCAGAUGAGGAUGGAUCUGUUGCUAAGGUGACUGCUGUUGCCAAGGCAACCAGCAGUCCAUCCGUGUUCAGUCGUGUCAGGCAGGUGCACCGACAGCAGGAGGCAGAGGAUGACAGCCAUCUUCCUGGAGGCAACGGCACACUUGUGAGAGGGGAGCUGUUUGCAUCACCACAGAGAACCUCUCAGACUUCAAUGCAAGGAUGCACCAGACUCUCUAAAAGCCACUCAGAGGCUUCACAACAGGAAGUGUUGGCAGCACCACUGGAAGUUGCAAUAGAACCACAAGGCCAGGAGCAGAAUGAAACAGAACUGUCCACCCCCAACCAGAAGGACGUCUCCAAGCAGUCUUUAGACAACACCAUUGCUGCCAGCCCAUCCAGCAAGAACCCUCCCUUGAAAAGAACUGCUGGCCCCUCCCAUCGCAGGCAUGUGCGCACCAUCCAGGAAGUACGAACCACCAUCACACGGAUCAUUACCGAUGUCUAUUAUGAGGAUGGCAAAGAGGUGGACCGCAAAGUCAGAGAGGAGAGCGAGGACCCAGUGGUGGACUGUCAGGUGUUGGACAGUGACGUUUCCCAAAGUCACACUGGCAGCAGCUCCUUAACCUCUGGUGAUCUUGGCGACAUCAGCUCCCUAUCAUCCAAGGCCUCCAGCCUGCAACACAGUUCUGGAGGAGCUAGCAGCACCACAGGCCUCCUUAGGCCAGAGUUUGUCAUGCCCCCCAGCCGAGGCGCCAAAUCCAUCAGUCCCAGAAGGGGAGGUGGACAGAAACAGAGGGGUCAUAGGGGUCAAGGGGCAGGGGCAGUAAUCAGAAAGGACAGAGGUUAUGGUACCCUCGGGUCCGAGGCUGUAGUUACGCUCACCCCCAGAGGACGGGCUAGACGUGGCCGACCCCCGUCCAGGGGAGGAGAUGCUAGCUCCCUGCCUCGGCUAGGUGCUCAUCUGUCCUCCUCAGAGGAUGAACAUUACACCCGCGUACGCUCCACGAGGCUCCUAGUCAGCCCCAGAGACGCUGACAUCCCCUUCCACGCCGACGCCCUCCGCUCGUCCCCAGAGGAAGCAAACAUGGCUCGAAGUAGCUUUGUGGGAUUGCGAGUGGUGGCCAAGUGGUCUUCCAAUGGUUACUUCUACUCGGGCCGCAUUGUGAAAGAUCCUGGGGAGGGCAGAUUCCGCCUGCGGUUUGAUGACGGCUACGAGUGCGAGGUGGCAGCGAAGGAUGUCCUUCUGUGUGAUCCCAUUCCGCUACAGUCCGAGGUCACUGCAUUGCUGGAAGAUGAGUUCUUUAGUGUUGGUGUCAUAAAGGGUUAUAAAACAGAGGGCCAGGACCUCUUCUAUAGUGUGGAGAGAGAUGACCAAAAGCAGUGGUACAACAGGACGUCCGUCAUCCUCUCCCUGGAGCAGGGAAACAAACUGCGGGAGCAGCACGGCCUUGGACCGUAUGAGCCCUCCACUCCCCUGGCCAAGGCCUCUGACAUCAGCCUGGAUAAUUUGAUGGAGGGUAAAAGGCGCCGCCGAGAUUCUGCGGGUCCAGACACUCUAAACCACAGCUCCUCCAGAAGCCAACGCACCCCUGGUCCCUCCAGUAAGAGAAGGCUGAGCGCCCUGGAUAACGAGAGCCCGGCGGCCAAAAGGGGUCGCAAAGGUCCUGGAGCCCGACCGGGUCAGAGGGUGGGCGUGUGCAACACCUCUGGCAGUGGCACGGAUCUCCCCGGUCAGUCACGUGAUCCAGCAGAAAGUCAUGGCCCAAUGCCCCAAAACACGUCUCUCUUCAUGGGCUUCGCCUUCAUGCUGACGGCCUCUUCCGAGAGCGACCGACUGACAAAUAAGAUAACAAGUGAGGAGGAGGAGGAAGAUUACGUGCAGACGGGUCCAUACGACAAAGCGUACACGGAGUCUCAGCUGCAAGCAGGUGGAGGCUUUGUUUUGCCAGACUUCAAUGAAGAACAGUGUAAGGCCGCCUACCAGAGUUUGCUGAUAGCGGACCAGCACUGCCGCACCAGGAAGUACGUGCUGUGCCUGGCCAGCGGUGUGCCGUGUGUUUCACACAUUUGGGUCCGAGACUGCUGCAACGACAACAAGCUGCUCAACUACAGAAACUAUCUGCUGCCUGCCGGCAUGGGACCAGAUGAUGGCGUUGUAGAAUGGCAUCCCCGCUGUAGCCCUUUUAAGGAUCUGCGGGUUCUUGUGGCGUUUGAGAAGCCGGUGGAGCUUUGGUUCCAGCUCGCCACUAUGGGCGGAGCCUCCGCUGUCCGACACUUCCAUGCUGACAAGGACAGCACCGACAUUCCUGCUGGCAAAUAUGAGGUGGUGGUGACGGACCACUCCUGCCCACCAACGUUGGAGAAAAACAUGACGUCACUGGAGGUCCCACUGGUGUCUCCCGAGUGGCUCAUCCAGAGCGUCAUCUGUGGGGAGUGCCUGGACUUCCACAGCAAGCCUCAGUAUAGUCAUAACUUCACCUCCUCUUCAUCAUCGUCGUCGUCGUCAUAAUAAUGUAUGUUCAAAUUUCUGAUAACUAAAUUUGUUCCGUUGCAUGCCGAUACUUUCUAUGACAUCGUUCUGUCUGUUUUUAUGGAAUACAUUUUGAGCCGUUUCAGUUGUGUCGAUUGUUUUAUUUUAGACAAAAUGUUACAGUACAUGAUUCAGUAUUUACACUUUGUACAAAAAUCACCUCUUUAGAAUGUCAUACUUGACAGGAAAUACCACAUGGACAAGACUGAUGGGGUUUCUCUUCUAGUCUUCUUAAACACUAAAAUGAAAGAAAAUGACAAUUCAGUAAAUAUCUGCUUCAUUCCUGUGUGCACAUUUUGACGUAUACUGUACAUGCUUAACAGAUACCAGCUAUUGUGGCUGUGCGAUAGUAUGUUGUGUAAACCUCACAUCUGCUACUCAAUCCGCUGGUCAACUCUCACUCCGUGGAGAUUUGUGGUUGCUAGUUUGAGCCCAAGUCUGGACUGACUGGAUGACCAUUCUUACACCUGAGUGAUCUAGUUUCCAAUCACGUAGUCUACAUGUGUUCAUCCCGUCAAUCAACAGUUAACAUGAUCUAAUUCAUGUGUUUACAUGCAUAUUAAAAAGAUGGUUUUAAAUCAAUAA